CUCGCCUCGCACUCGCUCCGUUACCGUACAACACCAGUCUUACGGCGGCUCACGGUGGGAGGACUCAUACAACCAUGGCUCCUGAAGCGAAAAAGGAACCUGUGGCGUCUAAGCUUCCCUCCGAUAGUGAAACGGACGAAGGCUUCCACUCCCCGUCCACCAGCAGAUCAGAACUGAGGUGUAGCAAGGAGGAGGAGGCCCCGAAGGAGGAGGAGGAGAGCCCCGCACAGCCCCAAAACUCCACCACCACCACCACCACGGAAAGCCCAGACAAUGACGUUAUCAAGGCUCGCCGUCUCGCUGAGUUUACCGUGCAGGCUGUGACGGGGAAGAGCCAGAGCCGCCCCCAGGACCCUGUAGAGGAGACCCUGAUCCGCUGUGUGAGGAGCAUGAUGCUGAAACAUGAAAUUCUCCUGCGAGGAAUGAUGCGACGGCUGGACGUGAGGCCGCAGACGGGGUACGAUGCCUUUGUCGGGGUGGCCAACGAGCUCUUUGAGGGCCAGAAGAGGGCCGUCACGUGGGGGAGGGUGGUGGCCUUGUACGCCUUCGGGGCCCAGCUGGCGCUCCACUCCAUCGAGAAGAAGGAGGAGGACUUCUGUGCCCGCAUCGAGGAGUUCCUGGGCCAGUACGCCAGUGAGGUGCUGGUUCCCUUUGUCAAACAGGAAGGAGGAUGGACCAAAAUCUGUGAGGAGUUCCCAGCUGAGGUGGAUCUAGAGAGCAAGGCCUGGAAGGUGCUGACCUGGACUGCCAUUGGUCUUGGUCUUGCAGCCACUGCCUCCUUCUUCACCAGUCACUGAGCAGUGCCCUCCCCCUCUGCUCCUCUGCACUGCCAGGCCUGGGCAUAAGUGACUGGACUCUUUAUGUUGCUGAGGAGCCUCAGGAAGGGCAUCCGUUCUGUUCAUUGCACUUUGGCCCAGCCACACACUACAGUCUUUCGCACAAAGUGAAUCUCAUUAUAUAAUAUGUCCUGUUUGUGGACAGAGUAUUCCCUCCUCAUAGCCCACAGCCGUGCUCCACUGCUCUCCAUAUCACAGCAGUGUGGCGUAUGAAUAUUGUGGCCACCCUCCAUGUGUUGGCCAGGAAAGGGGGUUGUUGUGUUUAAGUCAUGAUUGUGGCAGUGACAGCUUCAGUAAAUUUUCUUUUCAUUAUACCUAGCUUUGGUUAGUUUUUUCUUGAAGCUAUAUUUUUGUAUGCAACUUACAAAGUCUCCCCAAAUCUAUUUUCUACAUGUAUCCCCUAGGAUUGGCACAAUCAUUGUGUAUAUUUAGUUUUUGGCUAAUUGGUAGCACACAUUAGUUUAGUCACAAUUUAUGGUUUGUUUUUACAGGUAUAUCACAAGUUUCUGCAUACAUUCCCAGUCAUGUCAGAAUUUAAAGAUAUUCAGAAGGAACAUUAUUUUAGUAUGUUCUAUGUAAUUAAAUUUCAUACCUAAUGCCUUGCAUUUCAGCAAAAAUAUUCAUAUAUAAAUGUUUAGCUUUGUUUUCAGGCAGUCCUAUAUGAUGCAUUAGCACAGUUACGUGUAAACAUGUUGAAGGUUUCUCGCUAGAGAGGCAGAUGAGUAUGAGUAACAACAUUAAGUAGAGUUUAUAUUUAACCACUUCCAUUUUGGUGUGUUUGAGUAUGUGGGUCAUUCCAAGAUUAGUGGAAUGCCAACUUGUUUACAAGAGUGAAUUCUAUUUCAAAUGAACACUGCAUAGGCUACAUUUAUUUUAGCCCCACAAAAGUGUAAGGAAUGCAGUGUUUUCAUCAGUGUAUACGAGUGAUGGUGUGUGUGUGCCUGCGUGACAAUGCCGUGCUGCGUGGUGUUAGUGUCUCGGUGCAUUUGUUGGUAACUUGGCCAAGGCAGGAGGAAGAGGAGUUGGCCGGCCAAUAACCUGAAAGUGAGUGGUGGGUGGGAGCAACCCAGACUCAAUCAAGAACAGUGAUGAUCUCUCGGAACAGUCGUUUCGACCUCGCAUAUCCGACCACGUAAUUUUCUAAGUUUAAAAGUCUUUUAUAUCCAUUUAUUUUUUCCUUUUUGUCUUUUUAUUUUUUUAGAAAAUCCACAGUGGUCCCUUGUGUUGGGCCAUAUCAUUGGAAUAUGUAUGUAUAACCCCACCAUGUCUGAGAAAAACAACAAUGCAGUUUCAUCUUUCUAAUAUUGAAAGAAAAAGAUUAUACAUAUUGUACAUAGUGAAUAGCUUGCCUUUGUAUCUUUAUAACUUAUCACUAACCAACCUAUCUAGUCAGUCUCUAGGUUCUUGUUAGCGGUGAGGCAAGUGCAGUGCUCCCAGGCACCAAUGGUUUUAUUUCUCCAGUGCUUUUAUUUUUUUAUGAUUCUGUCUGUGAUUCCCUAAAAUGUUUAUUUUUACCAAGUAUGAGGUUAUAUUUGUGUACACGCUGCCCUGAGCCCGCAUCUGCCCCACCAAUGAUGUACAGAGAAUAAUGAGGUUACAAGUGCAACACUUUGUUAAGGUUUAUGUAGCCGACUUGAAGUGUGUCUCAUUUGGGUAGUAUUUCAUGUGACCACAUUGUCAAUAAACCAAAAGGCACUAGA